AUGUAUGGAGCUCUCGCCAUCGCUUUGGCAGCCUCGCUGCUCUUCAUUCGCCUCAUUCUAUACCCGAUUCUCGUAUACUUCAUCGACCGCAAGGGCUUACGACGAUACCCUUCCAUGAGCCUUCUCGCUGGAGUCACCAACAUCCCCUACAUGAUUGCAAGCGCUCAUGGUACACGCUCAAAGCGACUGGCCGAGCUGCAUAAGAAGCAUCCGGUUCUACGAGUUGGUCCGAAUUCGCUCUCCUACGGUGACGCUCGUGCCAUCAAGGACAUUUACGGCCACUCCACCAAGUGCAUCAAAGACGAUAUGUACCAAUUACUCUCCGGGAGCCACUUCCACCUAGCCGACGUGAUCGACAAGAAGGAACAUCAGCGAAAGCGAAAGGUCCUGUCCACUGCCUACGCCUUGAAGAAUCUCGAAGACUGGGAGUUCAAAGUCAUCGACAAGGUGAACAAACUGUGUGGUCAGUUUGACAAGCGAUGCCUAACUGCAGGACAAGAGUCCUCGCUCCAGGCGGAUGUCAGUGUCAUUGACUGGCGCGCUUGGUCGAACUUCUUCACGAUGGAUGCGAUCGCAGAUAUCGGAUUGAACGCCACGCUGGGAUGUCUAGACCACGGAGAUGACAUGACAGUCUCGGAGUCUUUGGACGGUACCACACGGCUCGUCAGCUACCGGGAAUGCCUCCAUAGUCAGAUCACCGCUCAAUCACAGCUGGUGUGGUCGUAUGGAUGGUACAAGUCGCUGGUGACAUGGUCGAGGCGGCUGCCGACUCGAUACCGAAAGCUUUUCGCAAGCGGUGACGGCUUUGACGGGAUUGUAAUCCAUCAAGUUCGCAAGCGACUACAGCGAUAUCAGAAGGGUGAGAAGUUGGAUGACUUCUUCCAGGCCCUGAUGGAAACGAAAGAUGGAUCUCCCAAUUAUCUCCCCUUUGGGGAGAUUGUAGCGGAGAUCUCAAUUAUGCUCAACGCUGGAUCACUCUCCACCGCCGUGGCUCUCAAUAACGUGAUGUACAUGCUGCUGAAGCACCCGGACGUGCUCGCCAAACUCCGCGAGGAAGUAGAUGCAGUAGCCGAUGAUGAUGAGAUGUCAAUCCCAUACGACAAGGUGAAAGACCUCCCGUAUCUGCGAGCCUGCCUGGAUGAGAGUCUGAGAAUCCUUCCUCCGACGCCGUUCAAUCUACCUCGAAAGACCCCCUCCGAGGGAUGCGAGAUCUUAGGCCAGUGGGUCCCAGGCAAUACUACCGUGUCCAUGUCAUCAUAUGUUGCACAUCGGGAUGCCAAUGUGUUCCCAGACCCGGAGGUCUUCCGUCCUGAGCGCUGGCUGGGGGAAGCAGGAAAACAGCUUCAGCCAUACUUCAUCACCUUCAGUGCUGGCGCUCGUGGCUGUAUUGGUCGGAAUAUCAGUUAUCUGGAGCAGAUAACUCUCAUUUCGUCUAUCGUUCAUCGAUACGAUCUAGAGUUGGCAAAUCCGUCGGUGCCGCAGACUUCGUACGAGCAUUUGAAUAUGAACCCGGGUCCACUUCCGGUGAGGUUGAGGUUACGAAGGCUGACAUGA